AUGGAGAAGAUUCUGGUUCUCAUAAUCGGUGCAGGACCAGCCGGUUUAGCCACAUCAGGCUGUCUUAACCGGUUGAACAUACCGAACAUAGUGGUGGAACGAGAAGACUGCAGUGCCUCUCUCUGGAAAAGAAGGUCUUACGAUUGUCUCAAGCUCCAUCUCGCAAAGCAAUUCUGCCAUCUCCCUCACAUGCCAUUCCCUCCAAACACUCCUACCUUCGUCUCCAAGGCAGGUUUCAUCAACUACCUUGACGAAUACGCCACACGUUUCAACAUCAACCCUAGGUACAACCGGAACGUCAAAUCGGCGUAUUUCAAAGAUGGUCGAUGGACCGUGGAGGUGGAGAACACAGCCUCGUCGGAGAGAGAAGUUUACUCGGCGAAGUAUCUGGUCGUGGCGACGGGAGAGAACGGCCAAGGCGUGAUUCCGGAGAUUCCGGGGCUUGUGGAGAGCUUUAAAGGAGAGUAUCUGCACUCAAGCAAGUACAAGAACGGCGAGAAAUUCGCCGGAAAAGAUGUUUUGGUCGUCGGUAGUGGAAACUCCGGAAUGGAGAUUGCUUAUGAUCUGUCCAAGUGGGACGCUAAGGUCUCCAUCGUUGUUCGUAGCCCGGUGCAUGUGCUGACGAAAGGGAUUGUACGGAUCGGAAUGUGGCUGCUCAGGUACUUCCCGGUAAAAUUAGUUGACCGUUGGUGUCUGUUACUCGCGGAGCUGAGGUUUGGGAGUACUUCAAGAUAUGGGCUUGUGAGGCCCAAAACUGGCCCAUUUAUGAACAAGAUUAUCACCGGCCGGUCACCAACCAUCGACGUCGGCUGCGUCGGCGAGAUUAAGUCCGGCAAGAUUCAGGUUGUGCCGUCGAUUAAGCGUAUAGAAGGGAAGAGAGUGGAAUUCGUCGAUGGAAAUACCAAAAUCGUCGACUCCAUUGUCUUCGCUACUGGUUACAAGAGCAGCGUUUCGAAAUGGCUUCAGGUCGAUGAUGGAGAUUUGUUCAACGAGAACGGGAUGCCGAAACGCAAGUUCCCGGAGCACUGGAAAGGGAAGAACGGUCUGUACAGUGUUGGAUUUGGGAGACAAGGCUUGGCUGGCAUUACGAGAGAUGCUCAGGACAUUGCUAAAGACAUCGAUUCUCUGUUUUGUCGGAGAUGCAUGAACAAGCUUUAG